UCAGAUGGUUGUCAUGGGAACAAAGAGUCAGGUUUCAGAACUUUUAUGAAGGUCAAUUGUUUUUUGGUCUGAAUACAUAGUUUUUUUUUUUUUCGAUUUUGGCAUAUUGUUUCAAAACCUUCCAUAUGUGUUUACAAUUUCUUUAUGUUUCAAAAUUGUGUGUGCGUGUGAGCCACAUCUAUGCACACAUAGACAGCAAACAGGCCAGUGGGUGUGGAUGUACUCUCAUGUCAAAUAUCAGCAGGUGUAAAUAAACACAGCUACAUCCAUUCGCCUCAUGGGCCGAUAAUCUGUGACAUCCUCCUGAUUGGUCCAGAGGAAAUGUGUCGUUAACACCUUGUAUAUUUACGUUUCCAGUAAACCAUACGUUUGACCUCCUUACGGUCUCUGAAGGCUCGCUUGAAGAAUCACCAAUACAUAGAGAGAUCUUCAGUGUGUCAUGUGAUCGGUGCAAAAGGACACAUGAUCAUCCGCUGGAGGAUGGAGGAGGGCGGGGCCUUUUGGUACCAUGUGCUGAAUGUGUGACUCUACUUCCUCAUGCAAGCCCCCGCUGCAGGUUCUCACUUCCUCUUUUGGCUAGCAGCGGCCUCCUGAUUGGACGAAUCGAGUAGGAACGCAACUAUAGCAGCCAAUGAACAAAGGGUGUGGAUGAGCCUUUCCCCUGGACCAAAAUAACCCGCUGUACUUGGGUGACUGCAUCACCCAAUCACGUGGUUCCUCAAAAUCUUGACUUUUCCAAAGCAUCAUGGGGUAAGCCCACGUGUCUGAGCAUGUUUGUGGAGUUUUUUGCGGGGGAAGAUAAUUGUGUUUAAAUAAAAUCCAUAAUCCAUUUUCUUGAAUAAUAAAACACAUCCAAGAAGAAAAUGAAUAGUAUAUAUUGUAGAUAUGGUCUUCGUGGACAGUAACAAACUGGCUGUAUGCAUGCAUGUAUUUAUGUUGCCCAAUUAUCUUUGGACGUGAUUGUUACAUGAUAUAAGAUGCAUCAUAUCAUAAAAUGUUGUCGAGGUAUGCUAGAAAUGCAUUUGCUAUAUUUAGAAGGUGAGUUAGGGACAAUGUACUUGCCACCAGAUGGAGCUCAUAUCUUGGCUUGAUCGAAGGUGACAUAUACACCUGAACGGUAAUUUAAUUGCACCUUGGAGUUGCAUCUGUGUGUGUCUCUCUUUUUGUAACUUUAAUGUAUUUAUGUAUUUAUUUGACGAUCCUGCACAACAUAUCAAAUCGCUUUUUGAUUGGUCAUGAAAAUGCCCUUGAUCAUAAGUGAGGAUUCCACUGAGAAUGAUAAUCUGUGAGUCGAUACUUAUUUAUUUUGGUUGAAUAUUUAACCCGAUAUUAUACUAAAAGCAGGUCAACAUACUAAGAAAAUACUUUACAAAAAAGGGUAAUUUUUAAGGAUAUCCCGUUAGCUUGAUCAGGCAAUUUUGUAAAUGUCUCGUUGUAAAUUGAGUUUUUUUAUGAUGUAGUGAAGUGAAAGUGAAAAUCGACCUAGGUCCUCAAGAAGUACAGUCAAAAUAAAUAACUACUUAUUUACUGUAACAAAGUGUUUAUACUUUGUUACUUUACACGACUGCUACAGAAUGAUCAAACGUAUUACUUUAGCUUGUAGAAAAUCCUUUAUAAACACACUGUAUCUGUGCUGUCUGCAAUCAUAACGUGUGUGAGUGGGAGGGUGGCUGGGGUGUGGGUGUGUCUUUACCGGAUACUGUGCUCCCCUUGUUCUUCCCCACAAACUCCGGCAUUCCUGCUAACUUAGGGGAAGAGAAGUGAGGAGGUGGACAUAAAACUGCAUUGGUGCUUAAAAAGGCGCGUGUGUGUUUUGGGGUGACUAACACACUCACUCACUCAAUCUACUGCAACGCCCUACGAAAGGGGGGGAGUGGCAUCACUUACCACUGAUCUGCCACUGGCACACUACAGAGCUAGAAUAAGCCGGUAUACAGCUCUUGCACUCGGCUUGGCCGUUUGUGUAUGUCGCUCUCGCUCUCUCUCUCCCGCUCUGCCUUCUUCUGAUACCACAUGGAUCAUCGGAUAGUUAUGGGAAAUGAUAUUCUGUCUUUGAGAUAACCACAUGGUCGCUGGGCCCCAGGUAAAUACUUAUGUCGCUCCCAUGUUUGUUUGUUUUUAUCAAUAAUAUGAGUACUUUCAAACUUUUUUUUGGAGUCUGAUCUCCAGAUACAUUGCUGUAUUAUGUACUGCUGUAAUUACUUGUUUUACUUUCGUGCGAAUCCAACCUAUUUGCUUGCAUGAAUGUUUAUGUCAUGGGGACGCUUGGUUAGGGCAAGGGCACAUUUAGUACAGUUGAUGUAAACAAUGUAUAUUGCCAUAGCGCUGUACCUGGGAGUGGGUGUUUGUAUGGACAUGUGGUUUAGGUCUAUGGAGGUCGAUGCUUAAAUAGGUGUUAUCCAAUGACAAAAACACUGCUUGUCAAGGUAUCUUUGACUAUUUGUGGGUAUGAGAUUUUAUUUAUUAUUUAUUAUCAAAGCUAAAAAUAUAGCCUAUUGAAAUGUGAAUAAGGCCCAUAGAAGAAUUUGGAUGCUACUUUUGAGGGUGUAUUAAUAGUUUGCAAAGGCCUAUUGCAUACACUCUCUUUAAGAAGUGGUAUGAGGCAUGCUCCCUCUGACCUAGAAUAUUGUGAUUGUCCUGUUUAUUAUGAUCUAGAUGUAUUCAUUUGGUUCAAUCAUUUUAUCUUGCAUUGAACAAUAAAUUUGGAAAUUUGAGUUUGAUAAAUCCCACUCAAUAUCUUUUCACCAUUAGAAUGCAGUUCUUGGACUAUCAAAGUUAAAAGGCUUUAACAAUAAGGGGUUGACUUUGGAGGAUGUGAACCCAUGCGACACUGGAGUCAUUUCGGUUACGUCCGUGGUAAGUCAUCUUGGUUUUCUUUCCUUGUUUUCUGCUGGGAGGAAGUUGCUUCACUUCAGUCUUCACUGGGAGUUUGGAAAGCUUAGCUAACCGGAGGAGGAAGGAAGUUCCAGCUACUUAAAUUUGCUGAUGAGGUUUUUUUACUGUGGUCUUUUUAUCCCUGAUUAGCUUUCCAUGUCAUUGGGUCUUCAAGGGCAAUAAUGUCAAACUAUUCGCACCAGUUCACUGGAAUGACUACAGCCGUGUCUGUGUAUAUGUGUGUGUGUGUGUGUGUGUGUGGGGCUCUCUGUUACAUAGACAUGUUUGGGUGCACUAUAUUUAGUCGUCUCUUUAUUCUGCAUGGAUGCAGCAGUGGCUGACACAUACAGCUACAAACAGAAUUUCUGGGCUUUCCUGUAUUUACAGACAAUGGUGAUUCAUUUGGACUAACUGAAGCCAUUCAUCUCUUCUGUUAUUGAUGACAAACUGCUUCUUCUGCUUUCCAGAGGCAGAAAAACAUUUCGUGCGACAUGAUAACGACAACACAACAACACAUAUUCUCUGUCUCUUGAUUACAACAACAAGAGGUCUUACUUUCAGACACGUGUGUCUCGCGAACGCAUCCCUAAACGUGUGUUAGAAUACUACAAGAUGUAUAUGUCCUCAUAUUUAGCUUAUUAUACGGCUACUUGCUAAAGAAAUUAAUCAUUUGAUUAUCGCAAAAAAUUCUUGUAUUGAUAUAAAAAGGAUUUUAUAGCUCCCACCUGGGAAGUCAGUUAAAUUUUCUAAUGGUGGCCAUAGCAACUAACUAUUCGGAUCAAUAACUGCAUAACUGCAGUUAUUUCUAAAUAGCAGACCACUGAAUCGUGAAUUCAUCAAAGCCGUGUUAUUUUGUUCUUAAGUCCUGGGUGUCCAAGCCAUGCUCAACUUGAACUCCUCAGUAGCCAGGCCAUUAGCGGGGAUCAGGAAACGCCAAGCAGCUCAGCGCCAUGCGACUGCAGAGUGACAACACACCAGAUAAUCAGGAAGGAAGUCUGACCUGUGCAUGACGAAUGGAAAGGGACAAAUUAUAGUCUUGUAAAGAAUAGAAUUGUGUGUUGCAGCAACACUUAAUACUACCACUUGCAUCCAUCCUGACAAAAGGCCACACAAACUGACCUACACAUAAAAAGGGAGCAGCAUCUGUGUCCCAUAGCAUCCACCACAACAACAUCCUAUAUGUGGUCAACUGAAAUUCAUCCUCUCUUGGUCUGUUUUUCUUAAUGCCUUUCCUGCUUUCCUCCUUUCCCCACUGCAGACUUCUCUCCAGCCUCUUUGGGGUUUUGUGAUGUAGUCAGCACCCCAGGCAGCUUCUCACCCUUUUUUUUUUUUUGCCAACACUACUUUCUUAUCAAACAGGUGUCUCUCUCUCUCUCGGGCUGGACUGCGGAGCAUUGACGUCGGCUCGCCCGCCCAUCCCCCCCCGCCCCCCAGCCAUGGCCUCGCGCAUCGGCCUGCGCAUGCAGCUGAUGCGAGACCAGCUGCAGCAGGAGGAGCAGCGGGAGCGGCAGCAGCAGCAGCAAGCGGCCCUGCAGUACAUGCAGCAGCGCAUGGCUGGCGCCCCGCCGCCCACCAUGGCUGUCAACGCCCCGCAACACUUCCAGAGCAUGCAGGUGCCCGUGGCGGUCCUCAAGGUCCAGACCCACCUUGAGAACCCGACAGACUACCACCUCCGCCAGUCCCAGAGGCAGCAGGUGAAGGAGUAUCUGUCUACCACCUUCGCCACCAAACAGACGGUCCAUGCGGUGGCAGGGGUUGUGCAGCCCUCCCCACCCCCCUCCUUGGUGCCCCCGGGCGGGUCGUCCUCGGCGCCUCCACCCCUGCACUCCCCACGCAUGCGCACCGAGCAGCUCAUGUCCGGGUGCAGCGCCCCAAACAGCCCCAUGGCCAUGCUCAACAUCGGCUCCAGCCACGAAAACGAGAUGGAUGAGGUCAUCGAUGACAUCAUCAGCAUGCAGUCCAGCUACGAUGACAUUCAGGCGUAUAUUGACCCGAUCCAGAUGCCUAACACACUACCACUGUCCACCAGUCACUUGGAUGUGUACUCAGGUCCUGGGAUGACCGGGCCAGCAAUUGCAAUGACCAGUAACUCCUGCCCAGCCAACCUAGCUGUCAAAAGAGAGCUAACCGACACAGAAGCACGUGUGAUGGCCAAGGAGAGACAGAAAAAAGACAACCACAACCUAAUCGAGAGACGGAGGAGAUUCAACAUUAAUGAUCGCAUCAAGGAGCUGGGCACCAUGAUCCCUAAAACCAAUGACCUGGAUGUUCGCUGGAACAAGGGCACAAUCCUCAGGGCGUCGGUGGACUACAUUAAGCGCAUGCAGAAGGAUGUGCAGAGGACACGGGAGGUGGAGAACAGCUUCAAACGGAUGGAGGUGGCCAACAAGCAACUGUGGCUCCGCAUCCAGGAAUUGGAGAUGCAGGCGCGUGUUCACGGCCUGCCCAACAACUCCCCCUCUCCGCUGAACCCCACCGACCUCAUGGGCUCCUAUGUGAAGCAGGAGACCAACCCUGAGGAGAAGCUUGCCCACGGCCAAGGCCAGCACCAGAUUCAACACCAGCACCAACACCACCAGCACCAGCAGCAGCAGCAGCAGCAGCAGCAGCAGCAGCAGCAGCACCUCCACGCCCAGGCCCACCUCCACAACCAGGGCCAGGGCCAGAACAGGCAGCUGCCGCCGCUCCCCCCCCACCUGCAGCACCAGUCCCAGCAGCACCAGCCGCCCAUCCAGUUCUCGGCGGUGGGCAGCUCCCAACCCUUUGACUUUGCCCAAUCGCUGGACUUGUGUGACGGGAUACCGGGCUUCAACGACGGCAUGGCGGCGCUGGGGGACCUGGGCGGCCUGGGCUCCCAGGGGAGGAGGUCCGACCUGAGCUUCCUGAUGAUGGACGAGCCACUGUCCCCGCUCGGCGGAGACCCCCUGCUGUCCGCCAUGUCCCCCGAAGCCUCGGUGGACUCCAGCCGCCGGUCCAGCUUCAGCAUAGAGGAUGGGGACAUACUGUAGAGGGUUCACUCACACACAGACACACACACACACACACGCACAUACACACGCACACACACCACACAGGUUGCAAGACAUACUGACAUACUGAUAUACUGAUCAUAGUCACACAUGGGGGCACGCACCCGACCCCACCCACACACGCACACAAACACACAUGAACUCGGGCUGACCUUAGCGUUGUCUGCCAUUGCUCAGCGGCUCUGAGUGCGGAGAUGUUAUUACUAGUGUUAACACCAGGGGGGGCUGAUAUGCAUUACAUACGACCUUGUUCCCGUAAUGGAGCCCAUAGAUCACAGCAGUAUAGUUUCUCAUUAGGGGCCGCUCGGCAGUCACAAGGACAUUCAGAGCGCUCAGAAUAACACACAGUUGUUAUUUUCUGCCCAUUACCUCCGAGGCCAUACACGUGAAUGUAAAAGUGAGCGGAGUGUCAGUGGUUGGGUUGGCUUUAGAGAGAGAGGACGUUAAGGUCUGAACUGAUCAAGUUGAUCUGUAAAUGUCCAUUUUUAAAACAUAAUUCAUCUUAGGUGGUUUA